AUGUCAGGGAUGCAGCUCCCCGGCCAGGCCGUUUGGCCGUCCGGUACAGAAUGUAUCGCCAAGUACAACUUCCACGGUACCGCCGAGCAGGACCUGCCCUUCAGCAAAGGAGACGUCCUUACCAUUGUUGCUGUCACCAAGGAUCCCAAUUGGUACAAGGCGAAGAACAAGGUGGGCCGGGAGGGCAUCAUCCCUGCUAACUACGUGCAGAAGCGGGAAGGAGUGAAAGCUGGGAUCAAGCUCAGCCUCAUGCCGUGGUUUCAUGGGAAGAUCACGCGGGAGCAGGCAGAGCGGCUGCUGUACCCACCCGAGACAGGGCUUUUCCUGGUGCGGGAGAGCACCAACUACCCCGGGGACUACACCCUGUGCGUCAGCUGCGAGGGGAAGGUGGAGCACUACCGCAUUAUCUACUCCUCCAGCAAGCUGAGCAUCGACGAGGAGGUCUACUUCGAAAACCUUAUGCAGCUGGUGGAGCAUUACACCACGGACGCGGAUGGGCUCUGCACCCGCCUCAUCAAACCCAAGGUGAUGGAGGGGACGGUGGCAGCACAGGACGAGUUCUCCCGCAGCGGCUGGGCCCUCAACAUGAAGGACCUGAAGUUGCUGCAGAUCAUUGGCAAAGGGGAAUUCGGAGAUGUGAUGCUGGGGGAUUACCGGGGGAACAAAGUCGCCGUGAAGUGCAUUAAAAACGAUGCCACAGCGCAAGCCUUUCUGGCAGAGGCGUCCGUGAUGACGCAGCUCCGACACAGCAACUUGGUGCAGCUCCUGGGGGUGAUCGUGGAGGAGAAGAGUGGCCUUUACAUCGUCACUGAGUACAUGGCCAAGGGCAGCUUAGUAGACUACCUGCGGUCACGCGGGCGGUCGGUCCUCGGUGCAGACUGCCUGCUGAAAUUCUCCUUAGAUGUCUGUGAAGCCAUGGAGUACCUGGAAGCCAACAACUUUGUCCACCGGGACCUGGCGGCGAGGAAUGUCCUGGUCUCAGAGGACAACAUCGCGAAGGUCAGCGAUUUCGGCCUGACCAAGGAAGCCUCCUCCACGCAGGACACGGGGAAGCUGCCGGUGAAGUGGACGGCACCAGAAGCACUUAGAGAAAAGAAAUUCUCCACCAAGUCGGAUGUGUGGAGCUUCGGGAUCCUCCUCUGGGAAAUCUACUCCUUCGGGCGAGUGCCUUAUCCGAGAAUCCCCCUGAAGGACGUGGUACCCCGCGUGGAGAAGGGCUAUAAGAUGGAUGCUCCCGACGGUUGUCCCGCCGUCGUCUACGAGGUGAUGAAGAAGUGCUGGACCCUGGACCCCGGGCACCGGCCGUCCUUCCACCAGCUCCGCGAACAGCUAGUGCAUAUCAAAGAGAAGGAGCUCUACCUGUGAGGGGGGGGCUCGCCCACCCCGGCAGCCGGAGGGGACCCAUGCUGGGGGGGGA